CUUUCCUUUGUGAAUCGGAAUCUGUCCAUUAAUCGAUUCUUCACAGACACGUUUUCUUCCAUCUCUCUCCACUGGUGUCGUUCUAAACGUUCUCAAGAUAGCGGAACCCUAAUUUGAGUCAUGAAAUCGUUGGAUCAAAUAGAAACCCUAAUUUCAGGGCCUCCCUCUGAACCGUCUUCCCUCAAUAGAAAUCUAGAUGAAGAAGAAGAGGAAGAAGAGUGCGAGUAUGAUGACGAGGAAGAAGAUGUUGAUUUCAAUCCUUUUCUUAAGGAUUCUCCUUCUCGUGAAGCUUCUUCCAGUUUGAGCUCUGAAGUUGAGACUCUUGAUGGUGAAAUUGUUAAUAGCAUUACUGUUCCUCAAACCUUAGAGGGCAGAGAAGGAAAGGAGGAAAUUGCAAUGCCAAGUAAUGUCUCGUGCCAAGAACCAAUCCCUGAGGACUCUCCUGAUCCGGGUUCUCUGAAAGGAGGUGGCUUUGUUAGAGAUGAGGCAAGUUCCGCUGAUGAGAGGACAGUUGAGGCCGCAAAUGAAAACGGAGAACAAUUGUGUGACAUGAUGAUCCAAACUCAGAAGCAAGAUUUGAUGUCAACUGAGGAAGAUGAUGCAAUCUGCAAACGGACAAGAGCUCGGUAUUCGCUUGCGAGUUUCACCCUUGAUGAUCUUGAGGCUUUUCUCCAGGAGACUGAUGAUGAGGAUGAUAUUCCUAAUGUCGAUGAUGAGGAAGAAUACCGCAAGUUUUUGGCUGCUGUUUUACAUAGUGGCGAUACUGAGGUUCCCUUGGCUCAGACUGGAACUAAUGAUGACGAUGAUGAUGAUGAGGAUAACGAUUUAGACUUCGAGAUAGAACUUGAGGAAGCACUGGAGACUGAUGACGAGGAAAUUAUACCGGAAAAGGUCACAACAGGUGACAACAUAAGCACUAAGCGACGUCCCGUGACUAGGCAGAAGAGACGGCAAAACAUCUCCAUUCAUCACAAAAACAAUUCUCCUGAACAGGCUGGCAGAUUGUUACGCCCUCUUGUACCUAUCUUACCCAUUGCACCACCUGGGAGAAAGUUUUCUGCUACUGAAGCAGUUGCUUCAUCAGAGAACAGGACAAUAAAUGGCUUCACUCAAGCCCAAAUGGGAGAACUGCAUUGUUUGAUUCAUGAUCACCUUCAACUUCUUAUCCAAGUGUACUCUCUUUGUGCACUUGAUCAUUCACGGCAGCGCAUUGGAACCCACGUCCAAGGACUUCUAUCUGAGAUGCUCAAACAACACCAAGGAUUUAUCUCACGCCGAAGUCAUCUUCUUGUCAAUGGUUCAGCAUCAUCGGUUCUGGAUGUUGUGGGUCUAGCUGGAAGAUAUCUAGUUGAUGUUUCUGACGCUGUUCAAGAUUAUCGACGGUGUCAAGUGGAAUCCGGUUUUGAUACUUCGUCUCAAAGAGUGCCAUUAUUUACUCUUCCUCACCAAGAAGUUGGCGGUGAGAUUGUAAACAAUCCUCUUUCAUCCCCUAGUUCAAGUAAGUCACCAUCAGGUCAGCAGCAAUCUAAGAAGACGUUAGCUGCUACACUGGUUGAAUCAGCCCAGAAGCAAUCUGUUGCCUUGGUCCAUAAGGAUAUCGCCAAGUUAGCUAAAAGAUUUUUGCCGUUGUUCAAAGUAUCGCUAUAUCCCCACAAGCCACCUCAUGCAGCUGUCGCCAAUCGGGUCCUUUUCACUGACGCUGAGGAUGAACUACUGGCUCUUGGAAUAAUGGAAUAUAACUCAGACUGGAAGGCAAUAAAGCAGAGGUUUCUUCCAUGUAAAGGCGAGCAUCAGAUUUAUGUUAGGCAAAAAAACCGGAGAUCAUCUAAAGCCCCAGAAAAUCCAAUUAAGGCAGUUCUGAGGAUGAAAAGCUCUUCCCUGACUCCACAAGAGAUAGUACGUAUACAAGAGGGACUUAAGUACUUCAAAUAUGAUUGGACGUCUGUGUGGAAAUUCGUUGUGCCUUACCGAGACCCGUCCUCACUGCCACGGCAAUGGCGCACUGCCCUUGGAAUUCAGAAAUCAUAUAAGCUAGAUGCUGUAAAAAAGGAGAAGCGGAGAUUAUAUGAUACAAAAAGAAAAUUCAGAGAGCAGCAGGCAUCUGCAGAAGAGGAUCGUCAUGGGGCUUCUAAAGCCAAUGACUAUCAUGUUGGUGAUGAAUUGGUCGAGAGUUCAGGUGAGGCAUACCUACAUGAAGGAUUUUUAGCAGACUGGAGGCCUGGCAUGCCAACCCUCUUUUAUUCUACAUCUAUGCACUCCUUUGACAAGGAAAAGGAUGUUCCCGGUAAUCGACAUGAGUCAGCACAAACAUGUAUCGGUGAAGGAUCUAAGAAUCCUGAACUUUGUGGUGCCCAAAUUCUGACAUGUACGCAGAGGCUUGCACCUUCAUUCAUUCCUCUGUACCACCACACAUCUGUUACAGCACCUGGUGUCUCAAAAGCAUCGAUAAUUACGCGGCCAUAUCGUUCUCGUAAACUAUUCAACAGAAGUGUUGUGAGACUAGCCCCUGAUUUGCCUCCCGUUAACCUUCCAUCUUCGGUCCGUGUUAUCUCGCAGUCAGUUUUUGCAAAGAAUCAGUCUGAAACAUCCUCCAAAACUUGUAUCAUUAAGGGUGGCAUGUCGGAUGUUUCUGGGAGGGGAAAUUUGGGUAUUGAACCUCCUUGCUUGUCAGCUGACGGUGAUAACAACGGUCCCCCUAGCGAGAAAGUGGUAGAUUUGCAGGAAGAUGUGCCUGCAGAAAGCUCCUCUGGGAUGGGCGAGCGGAGCAAUGACUCAGAUCUUCAAAUGCAUCCUUUAUUGUUCCGGACCCCUGAGCAUGGACAGAUUACAUGUUACCCUCCAAACAGAGACCCAGGGGGUUCUAGUUUUAGUUUCUUUUCUGAAAAUCGACCUCAGCUCCUAAGUCUUUUCAACAGUCCAAAGCAAAUCAAUCACUCAGCUGAUCAAUUCCACAAAAAUUCACCAUCAAACGAACAUGAGACAGCACAGGGCGACAGCUGUUUUCAUCCUCUUCUUCAAAGAACUGAGUAUGAAACGAGUUAUGUUCUUAGUAGACGUGGGAACUUAGACCCAGACAUUGGUAAGAAAGACAAAUUAUGUCAACUUCAGGAUACUUCUGGCGCUGUUGAGAAGACUUCAAUCCCUGUUUCUGGUCGUAAUGAUGUCAGCUUGGAACCUUUUAGUUCUAGCACACAUGGUAAAAAUGUGAACUUAGAUAUCUAUCUAAGUACGAACUCUUCUAAGGUAAACAAUUGUGGUAGUGUCUCAGAAGCUCCAGACAUCUGCAUGGCUCAACGUAAUGAUGGCUCUGAAGUACCUGGAUCAACUGCACCAAGUGAUAGUAUUAGUAGAUGCAUUGACGAGAUGGCUGAUCAAUCUAAUCUAGGUAUAGUGAUGGAGCAGGAGGAAUUAAGUGAUUCCGACGAUGAGAUGAUGGAAGAAGAGCAUGUUGAGUUUGAGUGUGAAGAGAUGGCUGAUUCUGAAGGAGAAGAAGGCUCAGAAUGCGAAGAAAUCAUUGAAAUGCAAGAUAAGGAUAACAGAAGCUCUGUGGUAGAAAUAGCUUCAACAGAUGUCGAUUCUGGCAAAGAACUAGGCAAGGAUUCUCCAAACAGUCCUUGGUUGAGUCUGGAUCCGAGUAGCCGUCGCUUAAGCAGUAAUGUUAAGGACAUAGAGAGGAUAGAGGUAGCAAAUGAAACGACCAUGUCACAAUCUGGUCCUUGUAGAUCACGUAAAAAAGGGACACCAGUGAAGAGCAGAGACUCAGAAUUAAAGGAAGAAGCAGGUGUUGCUCGGUUGAGACUGGGUCCUCUCGCCCUCCCUCCAAUGAAGAAACCCAGGAAAUGUGGUGGGCAGGCGGAAACAAGUCCAAGUGUUGAGACAACCUGAGAAACUUCUUGACCCAGCAACAAUUGAUUAGCUAUUCUCCACUCCAAAUUACUUCCUGGUUCAGAGAUAUCAUAUCAUGGCCAAUCUGGAGAGCUGUGUUCUUUGUGUAUACCCUCUUGGAGGUUAUGGCACCCAUAUAGUUUGCUACGAACGAGGUUUGGUCACUUCCAUUAGAACUGCGAAUACGACGCAGGGUGCAGAAUGAGUAGUCCA